UAAAAAUUAUAAUUCACCUAAUAUACAUUUUUAAUAUAAUUAAGUUUUAUUAGAUCAAAUAUGUGGACUAUUGUACACUUUGUGCAAGACAACAGUGUUGAAGUAGUACCCACAUAUUGGGUUAAUGGAGAUAAUUGUGCUUGGCUUAAAAAUAAUGAAGGAGCUUCAAAAUUAAGAGUUUCACUAGUAAAACCCAAUGAUUUUGAAUUUGAUUAUUAUAGAGUGAGAGUCUUUUCCAAAAAUAUAAAUUCGUUAUUAGAAGCAAAAGAGAAAUGUGAACGAGCACAGUUUACUUCUGAUAUUUCAGAUUAUGAUCAAGAAACACUGGUUAGAAAACGUAAACAAAUAUCUGAAUUAAAUAAAAACAAAGCCAAAAGUACAAGAUAUCAAGGAACAUUAGGAGUAUCUUCAUGUCACAAAAACUUAUUUGAUAUACCAAAUGGUGACAAAAUAUAUAAUGGUAACCAUAAUUCUGAUAAUGAUUUUAUUAAUUCAAAACCUAAAAGCCAGAAAGAAAAAUCAGCAUCUACAUCUACUUCUAUAACAGCAUCAACAUCUACAUCUUACCAGAACUUUGAAACAAAUGAAACAGGAAAUGUAGACUUAACAUUAUUAUAUAAUAGUGGUCGUUCGAAUAUUUCUGAUGAUAAUUUCACUACAGAAUAUAAAAAUAACCAGAAGGAAUCUUUAUUGUAUAAUACUCAAAUUAUAUCACUCAAAAAUAUUUUGAUAAAUAGUUUGAAGAAAAUGAUGAACUCAAUCCAGAAAAUAUUUUGGACCCGGCUAUAUCUCAAGAAGUUUCCACUGUUUCAAGUAUUAUUGUGCCACAAACUACAUCACCUAAUUCUUCAUGUAGCCAGUUUAAUAACAUGUAUGCUCUUGAUGUCCAUAAAAAUAAUGUUAUAAACAUUAAUAACACAACCCCAUCAAAUGUAAACAAAACUAACCCAAAGACGACCGAUAGUACACCUUCUAGUUCACAAAAUAAUACCUUUCAGAAAUCUGUUCUUAGUUAUUUGGCAUAUUUAAAGAUUGAAUUAAAUAAAAUGUCUGAUACCCAACAAGAAAUACUGCAAAUGUUGUCCAAUUUACCUAAUAAUCAUUUUAAUACUUAAUUAAGACUAUUUUUGUUGAUGAGGAAAUCGAUUAUUUUAUUUCUGCAUGGCCACUCCAAAAUCAUGAAAGUCUAGAGGAUAUGGAAAGUAAAAUGAGAUCGGACUCAAACUUCAGAAACAAAGUGUUUGGCGAGCUUAUCAGAGUUGGAGGAAAAUCCUUACCAGAUAUGAUACAUAAAAUUAUGAAAAAAGUUUUUGCGGACUCCUUAUUGAUGGAGUUUACAUAUCAUGGAUUGAGGAACAAAUACAACUUUUCUAAUUUGCUGAUAAAUAAAGCAAUAAUUGAUGCAACUCGCAAGUCCAAGUUUAAAAAUUCAUGUGAUGAUGACAUUGCUCUGAUAGUUGGGAAAUGGUUAACCACGUCAAAAUCCAGAACAGAAAAAAAAAUUAAAAUUAAAACAAUUUUUUAUAUAUAUUAUAACAAAGUAUUAAUAUAAUUAUAUAUUAUAAUAAGGUUAUGCA